CGACCCGAACGAAGUGGACGACCACCCGGCCAUCGCCGUGCCAGCCCUGAAGAGAGCUGUCGACUACGUCAUGUCCCAGAGGCACCCAGACUACGGCUGGGGGACCGACACUGCCCACACCGUCCUGCCCUUGAAGUUGGCCAACGCCUCGUGGUUCGAGGCUGACAACCUGGAGGCUCAGCUGGUCGUCAAGCAGAUGGAGUUGGAGUUGAUACUCAGGAUGUGGAAGCACAGAGAACUGCCCCUGACAACAGGCUACUUGGCAGUGAACGUGAUGGCACUGGUGGCACUGUGCAAGGACCCCAGGUCAUUCUAUGCCAAGGAUCUCGUGGCUAUGCUGGUCCACCAGGACGAGGGCGUUGACUUCGAGGUCGUGUUCGCCCAGCUCGCCACUUGCACUUCGGGUCACCACAUGAGGCGCUACCGCCUGCGCAGGCUGGUCGAUAUCGUUAACGACCCCCACAAGAAGCCGUCUGUCGAUACUCUCUCUAUCGUCAUCUUGGCACUCCACUGCGCCCAACACCAGCGACGUCAUGACCUAGGGCGCUUCAUAGAGCAUGCCCUCAAGGCCCUCCUGCAGCACCAGGCUCCUGACGGGUCCUUCAACAAGAGCCUCCACUCCACUGCCCUGGCGUUGCAGGCCAUGAUGUCUAGCCAGCUGGGCGGCUCCUGGAACGCCACGAGAGCCCAGGAGUACGUCAUGUCCCACCAGCUCCCAGACGGGUCCUUCGGCGGUCUGUUCGACACCAACGCCGUCCUGCCCAUCCUCGGGGGCAGCACCCUUCUGGACGUGGCCCUCCGGAAGUGCCCCAAGAUAGACGAGGACACCAUCGACGAUAAUGAGAUCCCAAUUGACAGUCUCCUGAUGCCAGACGAUUUCCUACCUAUAAGUUUUGAGGACCCUCCAACAACUCCAAGUCCCACCAUUUAUCCUCCUCCUGUGAAGAUGAUCAACGUGUCUUACUACCUCUGGAAAGGACAGAAAGCUGAGAAAACUUUCAACAUGACCUUCACAGUCCCCGAAAACACCACAUUCUUCUUGGUCAUGAGGAAAGCAGCUCAUGUUGACUUCCGAUUUCAAUUCUCUGCCCUCCACUGGGGAGAUGGGUACUACAUCCACACCCUGUGGGGAGAGGAGGAAGACAAGGACAUCCAGCUCUUCUGGCGCCUCUACCGCCUUCGGGAGUCUCCUGUCCCAGGGCAGCAUCCUGGAGAGGAGAACGCCGUUGGAACAGGCGUGAAGGAACUCAUUGUCAACGAUGGUGACCACCUUCUCUUCUGGUACCACAAGAUGUACUGAAGACUUUGGGAUUCCUAAAGAGACUCGUCAGUAGUCACAUCACCUAACAGUCACUUUUUGGCAAGUGUUGUUGCUAGGAAGAUCUACCAACUCUCACAUCAUUCUGAAAGUCACAUUUUGGCAAGAGUUAUUGCCUGGAAGAUCUACCAACUCUCACAUCAUUCUGGAAGUCACAUUUUGGCAAGUGUUGUUGCUAGGAAGAUCUACCAACUCUCACAUCACUCUAAAAGUCACGUUUGGUAAGUGUUCUCAAGCCCACAUCCAUUUACGAAAGAAAGACAGAGAUUUUAGUAGAUUUUAAAAGCAACACUUUCGUUCAUCAACGUCGAAAAAAAACUACAGACCAACGAGAAGCUUUGAUUAUUGAAAAGGAUGUUUUGGGCUUUUUCGUAUUUUAAUUUCUGAAUUUGCCUGUCACCUGUUACAGCUCGUAUUUGUCGAGGUUCCAGCUUGUAAUAAAGGCACAGUGGGUAUGUGAAAACAAAGUGACUUCAGAAUGAAAGAAGCUAAAACGUCGUGAAGCACGAGUGAUUUAAAACACACACGAAGACAAAAUGAGGCGAAUGCCUAGUUUUCAAGAGGAGUCCAUCUGAAAGAUAAAGGUAAAGGAAAAAAUUCCUGAAUGUUUUUAGCACGUAAUCAAAGUGAUUUCCACGUGGAAUUUUAGAAGUAUUGUCAAGGUGACCUUAGGCGAAAUCAAAUAUCUGAAAAGGUUAGAAAAGGUGAAUAUUUUUUGGAGUUUGUUCCUCUGGAGUCAGAUUCUGACUGAAAUGUAGGCGGGAGAUUUGAAAAGAUAAACUACAUUUGUUGUGAACUGGGAUAAAAAAGUUUUGUAAUUGUAAAAUGUUUUUUAGUGUAAACCAUUGUCUGAGUAAUAGCAAAUUUGAAAAUCAAAAGGGUAUUAAAAGAUGUAAGUCAUAAGUGAUUUGUGAAGAUACUAUAAUAAUGUAAGGAAAUAAAAUCACGAAAGUCAUUGUGAUACGAACUAGAGAAAAUCAAAAAAUUAAAACAAAGUAUUUGAAACGAUUGUGGUUUACAGCAAAAAUAACGCAUUACGAAAGCUGCCUGAAUUCAUUUUAAAAUGUUGAUACGUACGUAAGUAACCAUGUGUUUCAAAGUUACCAAUGAUGAAAAAGUAAUUUUUUAAAUACUCAGAGAUGUGUACUUUGUCAUCACAACCCAUCUUGGUACGACUAACAACAUUGUUACUACACUAUUAUGUGCUAGGUAACUGAAGCUAUAGUCUCCUUCUCAUAAAAUCAAUAACACGAACUUAAUUUACCUUUCGUCUGACUGAGGUGAAGUUACUGACUUAUGGGAACAGUUGAAAUAACUUUUGGACUGACUGAGGUAAGUUACUGACUUAUGGAGAUAGUUACAAUAACAUUUAGACUGACUGAGGUAAAGUUACUGACUUAUGGAGACAGUUGCAAUAACUUUUGGACUGACUGAGGUAGAGUUACUGACUUAUGGAGACCGUUGCAAUAACAUUUAGACUGACUGAGGUAGAGUUAUUGACUUAUCGGGACAGUUGCAAUAACUUUUGUACUGAAUAAGGUAGAGUUACUGAACUUACGGAGAUAUCUGCAAUAACGUUUUGUCUGACUAAGGUAAAGUUACUGACUUAAGCACCAUAUUCUUCGGGAAUUGAAUUUCGAGCCAAUAGCCCCAGCAGGCUUGUUCUAUAUGAAUAGUGUCACCUUCUGAAUGAUAUAAUGAUAAUAAUAAUUGUGGAAACAUUUGCAGUAACGCUUUGACUGACUAAGGUCAUGUUACUGACUUUAUGGAGACAUUUGCUGGUGGGCUACGGGCUGUAAGACACCACCAGCGCAAGUGUCCUCAACAUCCUUGGACAUUCUACAAACUUAGAAGGAAAGUAGAUUACUUCUGGAGAGCCCAAUUACUAAAAAAAACAGCUUCGAAAUAAAGCUACAUUUAGUCGCGUGGUUUCGUUCACUAAACUUAAACUUAGAGUUAACUUAUCUGCCACGGCAUUAAGUGAUACUAUCUAUAGAUUAGUCGCGUAAGAGAGUCUUAGAAUCUUCUUAAGCAACUAAGGCGUUAAAUGGUAUGGUAUAAGAAGUUUUGUGUGUGUCUAUAGAUAUGUAUACAGUGAAACCACCCCCUAUUCUUCUUCCGCCUCCUCCUUCUCCUCCUCCUCCUCCUCCUCCUCCUCCUCCUCCCGCUAAUUGUUGCGCAGCCGCUUGGGAGUGGGAAAGCAUCAGUGUGCGGUUGUUGUUCUUGCCCGUUGUUUUUUUUCUUGCAUUGUUUUGCUUGAGAGACUUAGAAGGGAAUGAUGAUUGGUCAUGCGGUACAAUUACCCACAACCUAGUCAGGUGACUUAGUUGUGCUACAGCAAUUCGUUAUUUCGUUCGGGGUGGGGGAAGGCGCACGAGCUGGCAGUAAAUAUCCAUAGUUUGAUAUCGUUGUAGCCAAUAGGAGGGGAGCAACGUGAGCGUCUUCCAAUCACGUGAGCUCGAGCGAUAUCAGCUGCCGAUAUUCACUGUCAGCUUGGGAACAAAAAAAAAAAAAAAACUAUAGUGCAAUGAAUUUAUAUAAAAACUGUUGACAAAAAACUAAUGAAAGAUAGAUCUCUUUCGAAACUCAGUAGCUAAGGUUUAGAAAUGUACAUAGAGACAGUUUGUUGUUGAUUUUUUAUGCUAAUCAUUGCACCGAGAUAAGGCAGUUUUGAUAAGGUGCAGACGACGAGAUAAAUGGUGAUGUCCUAAUCACUUCAGAAGGCAAUUAUGUGAACUAGGAAGAUUUUAUUGCUAAUGAAUAAUAUAUGUUGCAUAUAUUAUAAUCGAUAGGGAAACAUCCUUGAUAUAUAAAAGGUAAGUUUUAGUACGUUUUAUUAGAGAAUAUAUUCCUUGAGUUUGUGGGCGAUUUGGAGAACAUGAGCAUUGACUUUAACAACAAAUAGCUAAUCUAACUGAGUAUUUGCAGCCUAAUUUUGUACAUAGAAUUUGAUCAAAUUCAAUAAAGAAGGAAAUAUACGUAAGUAUAAUAAAGUAUUCUAAUUUAAAAUGUUAGGUGUGAAGUGAAAGUAUUUUUUAUUUCUUGCAAGCUUACAAGUCAAUUAAUCCAUUUAGCCUUUUCACGCCUGGUUUGGACGCAUACUUGAUUAGGAGUAUGAAUGAAUGGGUCCAUUUUCUAUGAUACUCUCAUUUUGACUCAUAAAAAACAUUCCAUCAGAGAAUACUAUGAAAUACUCUUCACUGCAAAUGGCAACUCAGAUCUGGCAGCAGCUGGCAACUCAGAUCUGGCAGCAUCUGGCAACACAGAUCUGGUAGAAUCUGGGAACUCAGAUGUGGCAGCAGCUGGCAACUCAGAUCUGGCAGCAUCUGGCAACACUCUAAAGCUGUGUUCGCGGGGCGUGGCUUUCUGCUUAGCACAAUGCUGUCAAAUGUUGACAUUUUAUGAGGAAUGACUCAGUUGCCUCUUGCUGGAAAAAAGCAUCUUCAGCUUCACUUUUAUAAGCAGAAAUUUUGAGCUAAUGUCAAAUUUCCUAGAGAAUAUACUUAAAAUAUCUCCCCUGGAUGUCUGUCAAGGAUCCCAGAUUCAUUAUACCUUUUUCACGAAGCCUCAAUCUAUUUAUAGCACAAGUCAAAAUCAAGACUAAAGGUGAUUUCACACUAGGCUUCACCCCACGCUACAUGCGUAAGACUCAUCACCAACUCCUCCUAAAUUCUUGUUAGCCUCACCUACUGGACUGCUCAUCGAGAGUCACGCCACGCUGUCACCCUAAUGAGCAGUCCAGUAGGCGGGGCUAAAAGGAAUUUGGGAGGAGUUGGUGAUGAGUCUUACACCUACAAUGUGCUCCCAAAUUUUUGUCAGUCCCACCUACUGGACUGCUCAUCAAGAGUCACGCCACACCACUGUCACCCUAAUGAGCAGUCCAGUAGGCGGGGCUAACAGGAAUUUGGGAGGAGUUUGGUAAUGAGUCUUAUGUAUGCAGCGUGGGGUGAAGCCUAGUGUAAACUCACCUUUACAUUCAAAGGCACUGAAAAGUCGAGUCCAUUCACAGACGACAGAAGAAUCAUUCUCGUAGCCCAAUUUGCAAUUCUUUGGAGACUUAGCACAGGCUGUUUUGUAGAGUAAAAUGAGCAUUUGUCACAGAGAAGAGCAAAAGUUAAAUUUCUGUACAUAUCCUUCAUUUCUCACUUUCAAAUUUGUGCACUCACGCGGGCUUUCCUCCUGUACAGUUGUCAUUUUUGUGAUGGAACUUGGAAAAGUAGUCGUUUGAUAAAUAUUCAUCGAGAAAAGGUUUGAUCCUCUUUUGACUAAAAGUGGGAUGCUGUAGAAGAACCUGGAACUGUUCAACUUUACUCAACUUCAGUACUUAUUUAUAUCGUACACAAGCAUCUCGACAAGAAUUUCGGGACAGAGUUUAUUAUUGUCAGGAAAAUGCCUCUAUAUCUUGAAAGUUACAAUGCCUAGCUCACAAUCCUACGACGAGAAGAAAGCAAAAUUAUAUACAAAACAUCAUGUCAUUGCUUCUCAAUAUAUAGAGAGCACUGAAAUGACCUUCCAUGCCUUCGUGACGAAACAUUUCGUACAAUUUCUUUUCGGUCUGAAACUCUAAAAAUGUAAACAACAGAUUAGGCAUAGUAUUGCUAGAUGGCGCACACAGGUUUUCCAAAAAUUGUUUUGUGACGUUUUUUUCGUCCGUCAUGAGAGAGGUCUUAGAAAAAUCCAUGUGAAUAUAAUAGCUACCAAGUCUGAAAAUUAGCUACAGUGUA